CCAAGCUGUGUGGUGUCUGUGACUGUGACUGAGACAGUGAAGCCGUAACCAUAACUAUGGCUGUUGUCAUGGCAAUAAUAGUCAGCGUGUUGGUGGCUGGAAUCUCUGUAGUCACUGGUGAGGACACGAUGGGGAUGAAUCAUUCGAUGGAGAUGAACCAUUCGAUGAUGAACCAUUCAGCGAUGAACCAUUCAAUGAUGGACCAUUCGAUGAUGAACCACCAAAAGAUGAACCAUCAAAUGAUGAACCAUAACGGACAGAGCGGAAUGCAUAGCAUGAUGAAGAUGUUCUUCCACACAGGCUACGAAGACAAAGUUCUCUUUGAAGAAUGGACAGCAGACUCCAAGACAGCUAUGAUCGUAGCGUGCGUCGUCAUGUUUGUCGUCGCGGUGCUGUACGAAGGUCUCAAGUUUGUGCGGGAGCUGUUGUUACAGAGGUCACUCCAGGUCGUCAAGCCUUCACCGGACACCUACACGGACACUAUGACGUCAUCAAGCACGGAGAACAUGGUGGUGAAGACAAGAAGAGGCUC